AUGUCCUUCAAUGCAGUUGCGGGCUAUCUCGGCGACCUUGCCCGCGGCAAGCGUGAGGGUGACGGCGAGCCGGCCAAGUCUGACUGGGAAGACUUGCAGGCCAAGAGCCGCACUGACGCCGAGCGCAUGGAGGCGUUGGGACGCCUCCUGCAGGAGGAGUCCGUGGAGGGACCCCAGGAACCUCAGGGACCCCAGCAACGCCAGGGCACGACAGCUUGUGACUUCCGCGGUGCCGAUUUCGGUUGCUUGUUUUGCAGGAUGUGGGUCAGCCAGUCUGACGGAUGGACGCUGCGAAGCCUUGCAAGGCUUGGCCCGACCGACCUUCAGGCCGCGAGUGAAAAGGAGGAGGAGCACCCGUGCGUUGGUGUUGCCAAAGAAGCCAGUCAAUCUUGUGUUUGCUCUGGAAACUUGGCUCGAGGGUACUCAUCAACACUGACACAACAACAGCUCGCAAUGGUUGCCCGAUGGGUCUAG